AUAUUCUAUUUGAUUAAGGUGUAGAAAAACCGGCUAGUUGGUAGAUCAUGGGUUCAGUUGUAACUGACACAGUUGCUUCAAUGCAACAAGAAUAUGCCGGUGUUAAACUGACUUUAGAGAACUGCUUAUUUCCAACUGAGAAGAUAGAACACACUCCAUCAAGCUCUGAUGGGUUGAAUGCAUCCACAGAGGAAGACUUGAGAUUACUGGGAUGUGAAUACAUACAAGAAGCAGGUAUUAUGCUUAAGGUGCCUCAGGUUGCUAUGGCAAACGCUCAGGUGCUGUUUCAAAGGUUUUUCUUCGCAAAAUCGUUUGUUAAAAACAAGAUGGAGGAAGUGGCAAUGGCCUGUAUUUGGUUAGCUUCUAAAGUUGAAGAGGCUCCCAGACGAGUUCGAGACGUAAUUAACGUUUUUCACUAUAUUAGACAGCGUCGGGUUACAAAAUCUCCAACGCCUAUGCAGUUGGAUUCAAACUACAUUAUGCUAAAAAAUAAUGUCAUUAAAUCUGAAAGGAGACUUUUAAAAGAACUUGGGUUUUGCGUUCAUGUAAAACACCCGCAUAAAAUCAUUGUCGUGUAUCUGCAAGUUUUGGAAAUGGAGAAGAAUAGAGAUUUAGUUCAAACUGCAUGGAAUUAUAUGAAUGAUUCUUUACGAACAACUGUCUUUGUACGAUAUACUCCAGAAACAAUAGCCUGUGCAUGCAUUUAUAUGGCUGCAAGAGUGUUACAAGUACCACUGCCCAACCAACCACAUUGGUUUUGUUUGUUUAAUGCAACAGAAGAAGACAUUCAGCAAAUCUGCAUGGACCUAAUGAGACUUUACCAACAUAAAAAAGCAACCCACGAUGAACUGGAGAAACAAGUUGAUAUUCGCCGGAAGUUCUUGCAACAAGAGAAAGCAAAAGCAAGGGAAGCAGCCGGACUUUCCACUGCUUCAGUUCAAAAUUCUCCCGUUACAAAUUCAAGUCCAUUUCAGGAUAAUGCUUCUCCCAAAAGAGAUGAUAAGAAGCGUCCUUCUUCAUUAUCCAGGGAUCACCGCAGUGAUGCGGGAGAUUCUCGAUCACGAAAAAGGACUCAUCACUCUACUGAUAACGCUCAUGAAAGAACACGACAUAAACGUAGAGAAAGAUCCCCAAGGUCAUUAUCAGGGAGUCGUUCACCCGCUUAUAAACCUCGUCAUCACGACGGUAACGGCGUCUCAUCUGACCUGCCCAAAUCCUACAGCAUAUCUAAAGACCGUCGAGAUUCUUCAGAAGAGAAAGAAAGAUAUCGACAUAAACGCCGCGACCAUUCCGGAAGUAGGGACCGAUACAGAAACGAGAAACGUCAUAAAAACGGAAGAAAAGAUGAUGGUGACGAAAGGUCCUCAAAAUUAAAAAAACAUAAAAAACAUCGUUCCAGGCACCAUGGAUCUCCCAGAAAAGACCGUCAUUAACCAAACUUAACAUUCCAGUACUAGUAUAUAUAUUUUUAAAACUAGCCAAAUAAACUUGUAAAAAUAGUGGACAUGUGGGUACUUUUUUGCAUUGAACAAUUACAUAAACGCUUGUUUAUAAAUUUGGAUUUGUAAAUAUAUAUGUUCAUGUUCUUUUGCAGUUCUUACUUUUCUAACAAAUCAACAAUUGUAAAAAUGAUCUUUACCUUUGUCUAACUAUUCGCAUUUUUACAAAAAAGUUCUCACUAAAUCGAAAUCUAGGAAAUUUUGCAUUGAACAAUUUGUAGACUGUAUUAAAAGUUGAAUUCUUCUUUCAG